AUGGGUCUGUUAAGACACAUGAACCACAUCGACCGUGAGGAGCUGUACACGGACCUCGAGGCGCGUAUUCGCUAUCUACACAGCUUCCUCGACUUCAGCAGCAAGGAUAUUGAGGCUCUCAUUUCGGGCGCGAAAUACGUCAAAGCCCUCAUCCCCGCCGUCGUCAACAUCGUGUACCACAAGCUGCUGCAAUACGACAUCACUGCCCGCGCCUUCACCACGCGUUCCACAUCGUUCGAGGGUCCCAUGGACGAGAUCCCCGAUGAUAACUCGCCGCAGAUUCUUCACCGCAAGAUGUUUUUGAGAGCUUAUCUGGCGAAACUGUGCUCCGACCCGAGCAAAAUGGAGUUUUGGGAGUAUCUCGAUAAGGUCGGAAUGAUGCACGUAGGCCUGGGCCGCGCUCAUCCCCUCCACAUCGAAUACGUCCACCUCGGCGCCUGCCUCUCCUUCAUCCAGGACAUCAUGACCGAGGCCAUCCUUUCCCACCCGCGCCUGCACAUGCAGCGUAAGAUUGCGCUCGUCAAGGCCCUCGGAAAGGUCAUCUGGAUCCAGAACGACCUCAUGGCGAAGUGGCACGUCAAGGACGGCGCCGAGUUCAAGCGCGAUGACGAAGAGCCCGUCAUCGAGGAGGAAGGAUACCUCCACGGAAAGAAGGUGCUCGACAGCGAGUCAGACGAGGAUAACGGCCCCAAGUCGCCUUCAAGGAUACCCAGGCCCAACAGCGCCGGCGGCGGCGGAGUUUGUCCGUUUACGGGGAUCACGACGGGCGUCGAGGGGUUGAAGGUUGCGGAUCCGCCGCGCGAGCCCAAGGAGGAGGGGACGCAAAAGGUUGAGACUUCUGCAUGA